AUGAUGAUGAUGAUGAUGAUGAUGGUCAUGAUGAUGAUGAUGAUCAUGAUGACUAUAUUGAUCACAAUCACCCGGAUCAAGAGGCCGGCAUGGCAGCAAUCGGCAAUGGACGCCGCUCCGCCCUCCCUCUGUUGUUGCCGCCGGGCCAGGACUGGACUGCGACCCCGCCGCGUGAGCUGCUGAUGCGGGCGUGGGGCGAGCAAUGGCCUCCCGAGCGGUGGGGCGCAAUCACAGCAGAGCAGCUCAAGCGCGGGCUGGCGAAUCGCGACGCACUCGCCUCGCUGCUCGUCCGCCACCUGGAGUUCGCGUGCCGCCCGAGCCCGCUGAUGCUGUCCUAUCUGCGGUAUGCGCUUGGAUCGUCCAUCGUGUCGCCGCUCCAGCUCGUUUUCAUGAUCUCGGACUCGCCGUUGAGCGACAAUCGCAGUCUGUUUCAUGCGCUCAGCGAGGUUGCUGUCGAAUCGCUGCUCCAGCUGCGGUCGGAUGUCAUCACGACAACGGCCUCUCAGAGCCAGAAAAGCAUGCUUGCAGCGUACACGUCGUUGUCGGCUGUGUUGUCAAGCAAUGGCGCUGGCUUACCAGCAGCUUCAACUGGCGACAAUCCAACGCAGUUUGCCAAGGCCACACUCCGGUUGCUCUCCUGGCUCGUUGAAGCGCUCCAGGCCUAUCUCUUUCGACUCGUCGGCGAGUCGGACCAGCGAAAGCAGCACAUUCUGUCGGCCGAAGAAAAGCGUGAAUUGCAAGCCAGUCUUCAGCGGGCAAUCGAGCAGUGUCUGCGGAUUUUGCGAGAUCCGGUUGCAAGCGGUUUGCUGCUGUGCGCUCGUCUAGAGUAUUGUGACUCUUGGAACCAACUGUGCUCCGUCCUGCGUGCGAUUCAAGACCAGUGCAGGAAUGACAAGGCCUCAAUGCUAGGAGACCACAGUGCUUCUGUUUGGCAGUCGUUCUGGCCGAGCCUCGACCUGGUCAUGCACCCAACGUGGUACCAACUCAAGCAACCUCCAUUGCUUGAAACGCUAUUGAACGUCUCGCGCCAGCGGCUGAUCGAAAGCCUGUCCACUUCAUCAAGUGCGUCUGGCGACAACAAGCAAAAGUCAGGCGGCCCUGUCCCUGCAUCCGAUGACAUGAUGACCUCGAUUGAAAUGCCAUUCUCGACUUAUAUGGCCACCUCGUUGCUGGAGGAAGGCUCGCUCUCGGCCCCUCGCCUGCCCAACCAGAACAUUUGCUCGUUAGUUUAUCGUCUCCAUGGCUCUGCACUGUUGCACGCCUCGUACCAAGAAAUUGCGAUCGAAUGGCAUGGCGUUCUGGCCUCCCUGGGCUGGCCUGCAGAUACCUUUUACUUUGAAGCACUUCGCACUGGUCUUGCCUUGUUUUCGAACGCCUCCAGCUCCUCCAGUCACACAUCCCACACAAGAUAUUCGCAGAAACUUGUUGCCUUUGUUCAGAUUCCGCGAGUGAUUGCCGCUAUCGAACAGGACUGGGUGGAUAUUCCGUCCGAGCUAUUCUCCCUGGACCCUAAACAGCCAUCUCGAGGCUACCAGAAUCCCUUGAUGUCUGCAUUCACACAACUAGCUACCGUUUACAGUUUUGACGAUUGGUUUCAGUCAAAUCUGGGUUUUAGUGCUCUUGAAACCUUGAGUCACACAUUGUGCGGCCUUGGCCUGCUUGAUCCACAAGAAGUCUCGUCCAAAUUCCCGACUCUCGCGCACCCGCCACAAUCUGAAAGCGCUGAAGUGUUUCUUUCUCAAAUUCGCGAUGGUCAGAACGGCAGUGCCUUGUCCUGGCCGAGCACGCAGGAGGAGAUUGAUCACUUGUUUGCUGCGAUUCUUUCGGCCACCGAAGAGGCCCCUGAAUUCGCAACAGCUAUCUUGAGGACGCUCUGUCAACAAGCUCGAUUUUGGCCAAUUGCGGUCACUGAGCUGCUCGCCGACCUUGUUUUGAGGGUGACGCUCUCGUUGCAAGAGCACAAUCCUAAAUUGCUGGAAGCAUCUCUGCCCGCAUUUUCCUCCGUUGAUCUUUCCACCGCAUUGAUUGCCGCUGGGCGUUUCUCCGAGCUUGUUUCAUCCAUAGUGCGGCUGAACGACUCUCUGGCGCUUCAGAACAACUUUGAGUGGCUACCCAUGUUUGAUGUUUCUCUCUGUUUGCUCGCCAACUGGGAGCUGCGGUACCUUGUUACAACAUGUCCAAAUCUACAAGAUCAGCCCUCAUUUUUCGCGCAGUGGUCGAGACACUGGUGGGAUCGAAUCUCUCCUCCCGAAGUGGAAGACUUGGUGCUGGAACGAUGCUUGGAGGCCGUCUUUAUUGAGCACCGCUCUGACGCGCUCAGCCAAGCUCUCGAAUCCUCCACUUUCGCCGAGGUGACGCUCAACCUUGCGCCUCGCUUGCUUCGAGAAGCCACAGCAGCCGUGGCGGCUGGCGCCUUGUCAUUCGAACAGCUACGCAAGGGGUUGGUGGUAUUGAUGAGCGCUAUUCCAAGCUGCUUGCUUGGACCGAGCUUGGUGUUGAUGCAAGACGCGCGCGAUUCGAUUGGAGGCGAGGCCAAGACCCGUUGGCGAACCUCCCACUUUGAGGACACGUCGCUCUCGGUCGCAGUUUUGCUCGAAGUGAUGCUCAUCGUGUUUGUAGGACCAGAAGUUCACCAUUCGGAGCACAUUCACGACGACUUUGACAUGGCCGGCAUGGUCCAUGCCGAUGCUACAACUCUCAAUCCCACAUUGGUGCCGCUACGUCCACAUUUUGCAACGCUAGCGCUGCCUUUGUCGUACGAGUUCUGCAAGUGCCGAGCCGUGCUGCGCUCGACGCGUUCCUUUGAGCCGUUGUGGCGACCGGUCGUUUCUGUUUGCGAAGUACUACCCAUCGUGCUGCCGCAGCACAAGUCCUCUAUGACAACCACCGCUGACGAAGUGCUCAGACAAAUGCGCGCUUCGAUUGCGAGCUGUGAUGCAGUGUCUCGACUUUUCAUCGACACUUUGCGACAGCACCACCGAUUAGUUGGUGCUCGAAACUUUCUCUCCGCCUUGUUAAAGGAGGCUUUUGCUGUUCGGGAAAUUGCGUAUGUCGCUCCAUCCGUGGACGUAUUUGUCUCGAGCUGCCUUGCGGUGGAUGACAUUCAGCAAAUCGCGCAAGUCUUCUUCGGCCAGAUUGUUGUCGAAUUCAUUUCAGCAAUACCCACCCGCUCGGCGGCUCGCGCACUGGCCGAGAUUUGCUUCCGAUUGGCGGCGAUGGGUCUCCGCUUGACCUCGCGGACGCCACGAGCGCAGCUGUCGGACGAGUUGCUCGCUCUGCUUCGAGCACCGCUUUCGAUUCCCGUAGAGUCCAGACGCGAGGCGCUGCAAGCGCUUUCCGCGCAGCAAUUCACGGCGCAUUAUACCACCGCGACAAGUCCCGAAAACCCCGUGCUGCUCAAAGCCCUCAGUUCGUUCACUGCCGUCGUGUUUGAUUGUCUCUCGGGCCCGUUGGCAUUCCCGCAGCUGUUUGCUCUGUGCUAUCUUCGCCGUGCUUGCCAGCUCCAAGGGCUGCUUUCUGCAUGUGUCACACCGACGGCCCGCAUCGCGAAUGCGCUUCGGAGACAUGGCGAGACGCAGCGCAUUGUUGCUCUGUUUGAUCUUUCCACGCAAACGGGCCGCCACGAGUGCAUGCGUCUUCUCACCUUGCCUCCACCGCCCAAUACUUGAAUACAAAUACAAGUGUUGUUGGACUCCAUGGAUGAAAUGGUCAUCAAAACCG